AUAUGGUUAACAAAAUAAAAACUGUCUUCACCACUUAACCACCUAAAGUAAGAUGUCUCGUUUAGAAGCUAAAAAGCCAUCAUUGUGUAAAAGUGAACCACUGACAAGUGAGAAAGUCAGGGCCACACUUUGUGUCUUGAAAGGAAUCCUGACAUCGAGCUAUGGCCCUUCGGGGAGGCUGAAGCAGGUUCACAAUGGCCUUGGAGGCUGCGUGUGCACCACCUCACAGUCGUCAGCCCUGCUCUCUAACCUUCCCGUCACCCAUCCCAUUUUAAAGAUCCUGACAACAUCCACGAAGAAUCAUGUGUCGUGCUUCAGUGACUGUGGCUUAUUCACAGCCAUUCUUUGCUGCAAUCUGAUCGAAAAUGUUCAGAGAACAGGCUUGACACCCACCACUGUUAUUAAAUUAAACCAGCAUCUUUUGCGCCUCUGCACCAGUUACCUCAAGUCUGAGUCCUGUGGUUGUCGAAUUCCAGUUGACUUUAGCAGUCCUCAGACCCUCCUCUGUUUGGUGCGCAGUAUAGUAACAAGUAAGCCCGCCUGUAUGCUCACCAGAGAGGAAACAGACCAUAUCAGUGCUUUGGUUCUGAAAGCCUUUUUGCUUACAAUUCCAGAAAACACCAAAGACCGCCUCGUUUUAGGAAAGAGUAUAAUUGUGCCUUUAAAGGGUCAUAGAGUUUUAGAUUCUACUGUAUUCCCUGGAAUUCUUAUUGAAGUGUCAGAAGUUCAACUGAUGAAGAUCUUACCCAUCAAAAAAUCAGACGCCUUCAAGGUGGCACUCUUUUGUGCUUCUUUAUCUGGAGAUCUCUCUGAUACUGGAGAAGGAACUGUGGUGGUCAGUUCUGGGGUCUCUCUUGAAAAUGCAGUCCUGGAGCAGUUGCUUAACCUAGGAAGGCAGCUAGUUAGUGAUCAUGUAGACCUUGUCAUGUGCCAAAAAGUUAUACACCCAUCUUUGAAACAGUUUCUCAAUAUGCACCGGGUAAUUGCCAUUGACAGAGUGGGAGUGGCUCUGAUGGAACCCCUGAGUAAAGUGACAGGAACACAACCUAUUGGUUCCCUAGGCUCAAUCUCUCCUAGUAGUUACGGAAGUGUGAAAGAUUUGUGCCCAGCAAAAUUUGGCUUCAAACAUUUUCUUCAUCUAAUUCCUAAUGAAGCAACUAUCUGCAGCUUGCUGCUCUGCAACAGAAAUGACACUGCCUGGGAUGAGCUGAAGCUCACGUGUCAAACCGCACUGCACGUUUUGCAGUUAACAAUCAAGGAACCAUGUGUUUUGUUGGGAGGCGGCUGUACUGAAACUCAUCUGGCAGCAUAUAUCAGACACAAGACUUGUAACGAGCCAGAAAGCAUUCUCAGAGACGAUGCAUGUACUCAAACACAACUUCAGCUACUCACUGAAGCAUUCUCCCGGGCAUUAGAAUCUGUCGCUGGCUCUUUAGAACAUGAUGGAGGUGAAGUUCUUACUGACAUGAAGUAUGGACACUGUUGGUCCAGUCAGGCAGAGUCUCCCUCUGUUGUUAACUGGCCAGAUUUGCUUUCAAGAUGUGGCUGUGGGCUAUGCAGUAGCCAGGAAGAACUCGGCUGGUCGUUCUUGAAGACUCCUCCGCAUCCCAUUGCACCACAAACCUGCCUUCCACAUGAAGCUAUAGGCUCAUCCAACAACCUGACCUUGGACUGUUUCACUGCUAAGCUUAGCGGCCUGCAGGUGGCUGUGGAGACAGCCAAUUUGAUUUUGGAUCUUUCAUAUGUCAUUGAGGAUAAAAACUGAUAGCACAGCAUGUUAUAUUAUAGACAAACAAAAAACCUAGUCAGGUGUCAGUUAAGAAAAAUAUUGAAUGUAUUUUUUUCUCUCCCCAUAUUCUACUUAUCUGGA